UAAAUCUCCCACUAUCCUCCCUCCCCCUCACUACCACAUACCAUCUUGUCAACCAUGUGUCCCCCUCAUCCAUGCUCCUCAAACGCGACACCCCUUCAGGGCGCCUUCUCCCCGACAUAUACCGAGACUCCCACCAAGUGCACAUCUUCACGGCCUUUGCCGCCAUCGCCUGCUACAAUGCCAUCGAGCUCAUCAUCCUCUGUCUCUCGACCUUCAAGCGCCGAGGCAGCGUCUACUUCUGGUCCCUACUCGUAGCCUCCUUAAGCAUCGUCCCGCAAUGCGUAGGAUAUAUCCUCCUCUUCUCCCGACCCCAAAUCUCGCCCUACGGCUCUGUCACUCUUAUCAUGAUCGGCUGGUGCGGUAUGAUAACCGGCCACUCGCUCGUCCUCUGGUCCCGUCUCCAUCUCGUCCUCCAGGACCCUACAAUCCUCCGCUAUCUACUCCGUCUCAUCAUCCUGGACGACAUCCUCCUCCAGAUCCCCAUCACUGUCCUCCUAUACGGAACCGUCUCCACGCACUGGAGACUCUUCAACGACGGAUACAACAUCAUGGAGCGGAUUCAGCUCGUCGGCUUCUGCCUCCAAGAAGGUCUCCUGUCCGGUCUGUAUGUCUGGGAAGCUGCGAAGCUGCUACGACUCCGUCCUGAAGAUCGACAUCGUCGUAUCCUUGCGCAGCUGAUCGGGAUCAAUAUCCUGGUAUUGAUACUUGAUAUAGCCGUCGUCGGUAUUCAGUAUGCCGGGUAUUAUGCCUUGCAGGUUAUGUUCAAGCCCGUCGCUUAUAGCAUUAAGCUGAAGCUGGAGUACGCGAUACUAGGACGGCUGGUGAAUGUUGUCAAGAAGGUCAAUACUCAAGAGUCAUUGAGUACGCAAUGCUUUGAUAUGCUGCCUUCGUCAUCGGACGGAUUCAGACCGAGGCACGAGAACCAUGUAGAUGGUGGCCCUGGUGGCUUUCUGUAUCCUCAGAAGGUGUAUACUUCGUCUCGGGGGUCUUAAAAGUCGUGUUGUAUAUAUUCAUGAUAGAAUUGACGGCUGCAUUAUCUUAGAGAAA